AUGUUAACCUGCGACUUGGAGAGGGUAGCAGAGAAGAACUGGUCGCGGUUAACUACUGAUUACGCACAUGCGAUCACUGCACCAACUGUUAUCCCGGCGGAGAUGCCGGUCGAGAACGUGAUUGUUAAGAGUUCGUUCGGAUGUGAGCUAAGUACUUUGAAUCGUGAUGUCGAUGAGUUCCAAAUACCACCAGUAUUUCGACCAAGGUUAAUUUACCUUUCGCGUUAUUUGCGGGGAGUCGAUUGA